AUGGAAUCAGGUCUAAAUAUGAAAUGCGAAAUCCUUUCCCAGUACUUCAGGAUGUACUUAAUUCAUGAGCAGUGUGCUUCAGUGCAAAAUCAUGAGGUGUGUGUUUUCUCUUUUAACAUCAAAACUAAAAUAUCAUUUAAAAUGUUUGCAAACAUUUUUGUUUUGUUUCCUGAAAUGCUCCUACUUUCAUUGGCUUUGUGCUUUUCUGGGAUUUCUCAGUGUAAUAAAGAGAGCUUCAAAUCUUAUUUGGUUAUUGUUAUUUUUAAUACUUUAAAGUUUUUUUUAAAUUUUUUUCUAAGUCUAACUUCUAUAUCUAUGGAUGAUGAUGUUUUUAACUUAUACCUCCCCACCAAGAAUCUUUUAACAAGUGCUUAUUUUACCAAGGGCUUCCCUGAUGGCUCAGGUGGUAAAGAAUCCACCUGCAAUGUGGGAGACCUGGGUUUGAUCCCUGGGUUGGGAAGAUCCCCUGGAGGAGAGCAUGGCAGCCCACUCCAGUAUUCUUGCCUGGAGAAUCCCAUGGACAGAGGAGCCUGGGGGGCUACAGUCCAUGGGAAUGCAGAGUCGUACACAACCGAGCGACUUUUACUUCACUUCAAGGAUCUUUAA